AUGGCCGAUACUUCGAGAAAGAGGAAGCAGACGCCAGGCAACACGGGUCCUGGCAAUCCUGUCAAACGCACCCGAUUCCAACAGAGGCCGCAGCACGUCAUCCCCGCCAUACCGACUAGCAACGCGUACCCCAAUGGCGAGAUCAACGUCAAAAACUUUCUCAAGUCGCACGAAAAUGAGAUCAAAUCGCUCGAGGGCGCCAUCAAGGCGGCCAAGAAGGGGCAGUCGCGACGAGCUUUUCAAGAUGUGCCGAGGGGGUUGAGGAGGAGGACGGCGAGCCAUAAUCCGCAUCGCGUACCAAAGAGACUGCGGGUCAGGGCGCGACAGGAGGCUAAAGAAGACAACACACCCAUUUCAAGAGGCACUAGCGGGAGCGGUGUUGGGAAAGGGAAGAAGAAGCAUCUAAGGAAGGCGGGGAGGGAGAACAGCAGGCAGGUCGCCAAGAAGAGGAGCAACGGCAACACCGCUGCAGCUGGGAAAGACCAUGACGGGGACGCAGCAAUGGAGGAUGCGCCGGAGCAAGUCAUGAAGCCCUCACCACCAAAGCCGAAGCGCAAGUUUCCUGCUCUAGCUACGCCCGCUACCCCUCCAUCUCGAUUCCGCAGACGACAGCGAGAUAAGACAUGGCUACCCACACAUCUAUGGCAUACGAAGCGUGCAAAGAUGACAGAACCAAAGGAGCCGCUCUGGCGCUUCGCAAUCCCACUGCAACCAGCAGUCAAGGCAUAUCGUCUGACACACAGAGCCGCAACCCAGCGCGGAGCCGUUGCGUGGGAUGUAAGCUACAUGUCAACUCUCAGUCUCGAGGGCCCUGAGGCUAGUAUAGCCGGGCUACUCAAGGGUCUGCACUUUGCAGUAGACAGUGCAGAGGACCCGUGGCAGAACAGAGGCAGGGCCAGGAAGUGGAGAAAUGGUACCAGAGUUUGGGAAGGCUGGAUAUACGAAAGAGAAGCCAAGCCGCUGAGGAAAAUCGCCCAAGUGACUGUCAUCUGGUGUGCCCCGCAUGCAGGCAGCAACAAGACGAAAGCCUUUGUUCGUGUGCACCCGAGCGCUUUCUUACAACUCUGGAAUCAAGUGGUCAGGAUGGCCAAAGUGCAGAAGCCAGCUGUCACGGUUCGAGAUCUCCGCUUCGAUAUUGGCUCUAUCGAGAUCACAGGUCCGGCCGCUACAGAAGCCCUUUGCUCGAUUCUUGCUCCCGUAUCUUCCCCAGAUGCAGGGCCCGAUGCUCCAGAGUCUCUUUGGCCCGCCCUGGCUUCUGUCACAGACGCUGCAUCACUACCAAGCGGUGCGCUUUUGUCUUUUGACAUUUCAGAUCCCCGGCUUCGCGAUCCUCCUCGCACGUCGCCCGUGGCAUACGACCAACAAUCUCUGACUGCCUUGACGGAAACCCUUGCAACCUGGCCGCCCGACAAAGCCUCAAUCCCAGCCUCCAUCUUCGAUACCAAAAGCCGGCUAGCCGCACAACGAACCGUGCCGUCUCAGAAGUCUAUAAAUCGUCGGAAGAGCGCAUGCACAUUAGGUGAAGACCCAGAGGCACGCUCAACUGAUCCGCGUAUUCCGACGCUUGUACUUGUAUCGCGAGAAAGCAAGUCUUGGACUGUUCUUCUUCCCUGGAGAUGCGUGAUGCCCGUAUGGCGACAGAUGAUGCGCUACCCAGUAUCUACAGGCGAAACCCCACUAUUUGGCGGCUUGAAAGAAAGACGCCAGGUUGACUUUGAGCGUUCGAAGCCACACUUCCCGUACGAUCAUCCUGGCACGGAUGCUGGAUGGAGUUGGGAACUACGUGAGCGAGAGGUGAGGAAGCACGAAUGGACUAAGCGUCCAAAGGGAAAGAGGAUUGAGUGGUCGACGAUUGAUCUCGGCAAUGGUAGGAAGGGUGAGAUUGGAGAUCCCUGGUCUUGCGACUGGGAGCGAUUGAUUCCAAGAUGGAAAGGAGAGAUUACCACUCGUCGAGAGGAGUCAGGAGAGUCCCAGACCCCUGUCAGACAGCUCUCUCCCAGAGAUGCAGUUGACUUGAUUGAGAAGGGCAACGCUACGUUGGGCGACUCUUGGCCGUCGCCAGAUGUGUUCACGGCCAAGAUCACAAUGGUACAGCGAGGUACCCCUACGGACUGCGCUCGCAUCUACCGUCUGCCUGCAGACGCACAAGUCCGAAGCAGAUGGCUGUCCUUGAUGCCACAAUCUGGCACAAAGCGUGCAUCGAAAGCAGGCGAGGAAGACUAUCCUCUUGUCCCCGACGAGGCGGAUCUAAUGGGCUUUGUUACAACAGGCAACUACAACCUUGCAGAGGGCAUGCCAACAGCUAUUGCGAAUCUGGCGGUGCACAGAGUAGCAACACUUUCUCCACGCCCUGAACCACUCCGCCGUGAACAACUCCGCCCGACGGUCAACGACAUGUCUGAGGACCGGCCGGCCGACGACCAGGGCGAGGGCGUCGACGCUGCCGUGGGACUGCCGUCAGACGUGCUCCAAGAACUGACUACCAACAUCCUCGACGACUUGCUGAGCAAUAUCGUCUUCACCACGGCCCUAUCAUGCCACCGAUCCGAGAAGCUGCUCCGCAUGCAGUCGGCCGCCACGCAAGCCGAGUCCAUCGCCCUGGCAAACCUCGAGCCGCAGUCGCAGAAGCAAAACACGACAGGCGCCACGUCGAUACCCGUCGCUGAGACAUCGGCAGCAAAGUACGACAAUGGACGUGUCUUCCUCAAGGGCAAUCCGCUCAAGACAACGCCUGAGAUAAUAUGUCCACACUGCAAGCUGCCCCGGUUGAUGCACCCCAUCAUGGGCAAGGGCAUGCAGAACCCAGACCUGACCAAAGAGUACUGCAUGCUCUACCCUUUCGUCCAGCGAUCGGGCCACGACGUCUACGGCAACCCCUUCCCCACCGACAUGGCCAAGAGCAAGAAGGAACGCGAGCUCAUCAAGCAGCAGCAGAAGAACGCCGAGAAGGAGAGCGUAGGCACGCCCGGCUCCCAAGACACAGACAUGGCCGGCGGCGACACCAAGGAAAUCAAGCUCAACACGGGCGGCAAACCCGCUUCCUACAUCCCCUGGCACACGUGUCCCAACUGCAAGCGCAGCUUACUCAUAACGCGCUUCGCACAGCACCUAGAAAAGUGCCUCGGCAUCAGCGGGCGGCAGAGUAGUCGCAACGCCAUGGCCAAACUCACGGGACAAAACGGCGGCACGGGUUCAGGUCUCGGCAACACGCCGCUGGGAAGUCGCAUGGGCACGCCCGCGCCCGGCGAGUCGUCAUCCGCCAACAACCCCAAGACGAGUAGUAAAACAAAGGGCAUCUCGCCCGUUAAACGUCUCAAGGGCGAAAAGGACGACGAUGCCGACGCUGAUGACAUGGACAACGAUACCCCCGAACGCCGCAAGAUGAAGAAGAAGUCGUCCUAUGUCAAGAAGGCUGAUCGUGAUAAGCCAUCUUCUAACUCGACUACCACUUCCAACGGCAAUGGCAAUGGCACGCUCAAAGUCAAGCUGAAAACUAGUAGUGGUGGUAGACCUGAUCUUGGGGAUCGAAAACACAGCGAGAGUAGUGAAAGGGGCGAGGGCAAGCGCGACCGUGACGCUGAUGACGUCGGUGGAGAUUCACCCAAGAAGAAGAAGAUUAAGCUUAGUUUGGGUCCUGGUGGUGGUGGGGGCAAGGAUAGAGGGAGGGCGAGUGCGAGUGUGGAGCCGUCUGUUAGGGGCGCGAGUCCGGAGUAG